AGCUGCACCUCGCGACCACCGCAUCGAAUUCGAGACUCUGACAAGACAUCCAACCUCCACUUUGACAGCCCGUCGCACACAAUUUACCGCACGCACACUUCUCACGCGACCACGACGUGAACCAUCGCGCCGCGCCCCGUUGCGCUCCACCAACCGCACCUCCAACCACAACCACAAAACUCCAACAUGGGCGAUCGCAGAGGCGGCGGACAGCGAAAGGUCCUCCUUCCUCCAAUCAACUUUAUCUUCAAGCUCUUGCAGCAACACAGCACAGUUCAGAUCUGGCUUUACGAGCAGCUGGGCAUUCGAAUUGAGGGCAAAAUCCGAGGGUUCGAUGAGUUCAUGAACUUGGUGAUUGAUGAUGCAGUGGAGGUGAAGCAGCCUGCCAAGGGAGCCACAGACACAGAGGAGAAGCCAGGAGACAGGCGAGAACUGGGUCAAAUAUUGCUCAAGGGCGACAACGUGUGCUUGAUCCAGAGUUUAUCGUGAGACAGUGAUGCCACGAAAGGAGGGACACGCUGAGCGAAUUGCUCGCGAAGGCAUUGAGUGCGGACACAUGGCGUAGCAGAGUCAUGCUUCGGACAAGAGCGGGGUCCGCUGACAGCGACGCGACCACCGCAUCGCGAAUCACGAGAAGAAAAUGUCAAACGAGGACGAGGACAAGUCCCAAAGGGUGGACACGAUCCGGCACGAACAGUGAGUCGCCCUCAUGCUGCGCGCUCAAAUGCGGUACACUGUAAUGCUCAUUGGAUAUCAUCUGAAGUCAGCAAUGUGCCAUCGCCCACGGCCACGGCGUCCACUCUCCAAUCCCAAGGUUCCAUGACGAGUUUUCCCUCAGGCACAAUCUGCUCUGCCAGACAGAGUCCGACUGCGGAGGUCUGUCAGUGAGGAGAAACAUCAGUGAUGACGUGGGUCCACUUACAGAGAUACGGCUUCU